AUGACAAGUUAUGGCCAACCUGGCGCAAGGGUGCCGGGUUCUCGCCGGGAGAGGUUACGUGGGUAUUUGCGGGCGGCAAACGAGUUGAGGCAAACAUAUCAAGAGCAAAUACAUCAAAGGCUACAAGCUAGUGAAGUCGAUGGGAGCAUACCGGGGGAUUUUCCUCAGGUUGAUAUUAUUCGAAGUGGAGAUGAGGAAAUGCUCCUGUUUCCAAGUUACGCCCGGAAGCACACGAAGCGGAAAACCGACCCCGACGGCGCCGCCAGAUAUCAGCCUGGAACACACGAAGCUAUAGAAGCACCGCAUAGCAGUGGAGAUGCUGACUAUUGGAAAAGAGAAUGGGAGAAAUACGAAGAUGCCAAUGCCAUUGUUGAUGUCGAUGUGCGAGGAUGGAUUUACUCGCCACAACGUGGUCCGUUGAAUAGGAGGAAUCGUCUUCUGAUUGCCGUGGCUCGCAGACUUAGCGGCAUCUAUGCUCCAGUUCCCAGUCCCGCUGGCUCUCGUCCACCCAGCCAGGCUCCUACCGGUCGGGACCGGCUUGACGAAUACCCAUCAAGACAUGAGGAUGAAAUUGCCACAAGAGAAGCCGAAAAUAUAGCUCGUCGUGGGCAAAUGGAAGCCGAUGCAGCUGUGAGAGGGAGUUACAGCCAGGCCAAUUCAAGAAGAUACAAUGGCAACACUCCCACAUACAGUCAGUCUGGCUCGCCCACACGAACAGACAUCAUGGUAGACGAUGAGGAUGACGGCCCUGAUCGGGGAUUUUUGGCCAAACGGCAAUCCUGGAAUGAACCGGCACACAUGAGCCGAGAAGAAUUGCAUGCAGCAAAUGAGUUGCUAUUGACCCGACUGAAACCCUUUAUGACGACACCCAUGGCUCAUACCCCAAUCACGAUAUUCUUCUUCAAUGACCAGAAAUCAACUUCAAAAUCAGUGACUACUGACGAGUCAGGUCAUUUCAAUCUGCGCGCCGCCCUGGAUUUCAUUCCCGACCAGGUCCGAGUUCUAGCAUCAGACAAGUUGUCUGCCACUGAAGAUGUCGUCAUCACGGAUAGUCGCGGUGUUAGCUUGAUCAGUGAUAUCGACGACACUAUCAAACAUUCCGCCAUUGCGAGUGGCGCUCGGGAAAUCUUCAAGAACACAUUUAUUCGAGACCUCGGUGAUCUCACCAUUAAGGGGGUCAAAGAAUGGUACACCAAAGUAGCCAGCAUGGGAGUCGAGAUGCAUUACGUGUCUAACUCUCCCUGGCAGCUGUAUCCGCUCCUUCGCAGUUUCUUCUCCCUGGCUGGUUUACCAAAUGGAUCCUUCCAUCUCAAGCAGUAUUCCGGAAUGUUACAAGGAAUCUUCGAACCUGCUGCCGAAAGAAAACGUGGUACACUCGAUCGAAUUAUGAAUGACUUCCCCGAGCGAAAAUUCAUCUUGGUUGGUGACAGCGGAGAGGCGGAUCUGGAAGUUUAUUCUGAUGUUGUCAUGGAAUACCCCGGUCGAGUACUGGGUGUGUUCAUCAGAGACGUGACCACGCCUGUCCAGAAAGCGUUCUUUGACCAAACCAUAUCGAAUAUGAUCUCCUCCAAAGACGGUACCCGUCUUAGCCGUUCAUCACACAAUCUAGACCUCCCAGAGAACAGACCGGCCUUACCCACAAGACCAAAAUCAGAUCCAGAAGCAAAGACGGUUGAAGAGAAAGAUCUGAUUGACUUUAGUGACGACUUAGACGCCCGCUCUAACCAUGAGAAGCCCUCACAUUCUGAUGAUAUGCGGCAAUUGGACCAAAGUGGAAAGCCCCCUGCACCCAAUGUACCCAACAAACCAUCUAGUCUUCGCAACUUUUCGACUCAGUCAAUACCUCCUACCAAUCACGAAAGAUUAUCUAUAUCAGACACUGAAAGUCAAGAAGCUGUCAAAAAGAAGCCACCACCACCCCCCAAACCUCGUCGAAGCGGCGCUGCAGCUGCAUCUGAAAAGAAUGGCGAAUCUUCUCUUCAACCACUUUCCCAACCUCCUUCCUCGUCACUGCGGCAGAAUCAAAGUCAGCCCCAACCCGACUUGACAAGGCAGCCGAGCUCGGUAUCUACACGAUCCAUCGUUCCAAAUUCCAUCUCCCGCACGAACACUUCAUCCAGCACUGCCUUUAGCUACCCGUCCCGCAAUGAAGAAGGCUACGUUGCCUCUGCCCGCCGACAAAUUGCAUCCGCAUAUAAUUCUCUUCCAGCAAUGCGAUCGGCUUCUCCGUCCUGUCCGGCCGAUCAAACAGACAUUAGCGGCGAUAAUCGGCUCAACCCACAUAUUCCUCCUCGUAGGGGGAUUGCGUCCUAUCCCGCCGCAGCCGCACGCUGGGCAACAGGAGGAACGGGCGGCAAUCCGGCUGCUGGUAGUGACGCAGGCUUACCUGGUGCUGCGUAUGACAGGAAAUUAGAAAUCUGGAAGCGGAGGUGGGAGCGGGCUGAAGAGAUCAUGCACCAGAGAGGUGUGGUGUUGAGGAACUGGAGGAUCGGAAGCGACGUGAUGGACGAAUGUGUCCAGCUUGUCAAGAGGGAAUUGGAAAGAAUUCAGGGCAAAAAGUGA